AUCCGUGACCAAUGGGGUACAAAACUCAUGUAACACUGUCAACUAGAGACGAAAUAUCAAAUUCGAACAUUACCUAGGAUGCAACAACAACCUUUUCGAUGUCAAUUAUAACCCCAAAAUCGAAUUAUUUGUGCACUGUUACUGGGUUGGGUCAACUCUAAUUACAAUGAGUUAUCCUUCACUCUCAUUCCAAUUCGCACCAUUACUCUCAUUUUCUCUUACAGCAUUAUCCUUGCCACCAUUACCGGUCUUUUCGAAGCGUUACUCUCCAUCAUCAUCUUCACCUAUCCCCAAAGCCACUCCCUCUCACUUAUUGUCACUGUUGGGUUCCAAAACUCAGUCCUCAGCCGUGAAUCCCGUGGUAGCACGCGGCCUCAAAUCAUGCUUCAAAUUCCUCGUUCCUUUCUCUCCAGUGCAGCCUCGUCACCGGAAAUUGGGUUUGGGCCUGCCCAAACUCACUGUCCCAAGUCAGAGAGAGGAGAACGAGCUUAUUUGGUGGCCGCCAGAGCCCGUUUUGGAGCUGGCGCGUCUCGCCGUCGAUUCUGGCGGCGACCCCGCCGCUAUUCAUCGCCUUCUUGACCCAACCAUUAUCCCGCAUAGGUACCUGAUUGUGAAGGAUCAAAGGAAGAGCGCUGUGAGCUCACCAGAACUCGCUAUGGCAGACGCUUCGUUUGAACUGAACCUGUAUCUGCAGUUUUUGUUUGAACUCAUUGUUGAUCGAGGUCCAUCUGUUGGGUUGGAUGUUGCCUUGAACCGGUUUGAUCUGUUCCAUGGUCACCUUUUUCUAGCGCUAGACUCUGGAAGACUUGGUAUCUUAUUCCAUGCGAAGGAAUACCCAGCAUAUGAUAAGCAAGUGUUCCCGUACAAUAUGGGUUUUUGUCAGAGAGGGUCCAAUGUGACAUAUGAUGAUUCAAUGAAUCUGAGAAAUAUUCUCUGGCUGGCUCCAAUGCUUGGCGAUUCUGGUGAAUUUUGGGUGGCACCAGAGUCUAUGGUAAGUGAAAUAAGCGGGGGAACAGGAGGGAAGGUUGUAACUGUCAAAAGAGGAGCUGUACAAAAAAAGGAGGGUCCCUGGAUUGCUGCAUCUUGGAGAUCAAAAUUGUGUUCUUGUAGUGCUGGAUGCUUGUCCCGAUGGAAUCAUAUACAGAGAUCUAAUACCCGAUUAUGUAAAUUUUGCAAGGACUAUAUAUGAAGAUGAUCUUGGGGAUGUUGCUGUUGAUGUGAACUACUUGAAUGUUGGAUCUGAAACCAGAAAUUAUCAAAUAUUCAUAUGCUGAUGUUGGGUUCGAGAUAUGGCGUAUGUUCACUUCCCAGUGAUACACCAGCUUAUAUAAAUGAAGAUUGCCGAAGCUUAAACGAAUAAUGUAUAUGCCAACUUCAUUUGUAGUGAAGAUUGCAUAGCAUAUUUCUUCCAAUAUGAUAGGUUACUUGAUAGCUAUGUCAGGUACUGUAUAUGCUUGUGCAAUUAUUGGCUAACAUGACAGGUGCCGCGGAUGUUGACGUGGGUUCAUGCACUUGAUUGAUUUUGCGUA